AAAACCAACAGUAACAACAACAAUGAAAUUGUUUUUGUGUUUGUGCCUGGUGGCCGCCGUGGCUACCACCAUUGUUAAUGCUGAUGAUAGCAAAGGACCCAAAGUAACCGAAAAGGUUUACUUUGACAUAACCAUUGGCAACGAACCGGCCGGCCGCAUUGAAAUUGGCUUGUUUGGCAAAACCGUACCCAAAACCGUUGAGAACUUCAAACAAUUGGCCGACAAACCCGCUGGCGAAGGCUAUGCUGGCAGCAAAUUCCAUCGUGUCAUCAAAGAUUUCAUGAUCCAAGGUGGUGAUUUCACCCGCGGUGAUGGUACCGGUGGCCGUUCCAUCUAUGGUGAACGUUUCGAAGAUGAAAACUUCAAGCUAAAGCAUUAUGGUGCUGGUUGGUUGUCCAUGGCCAAUGCUGGCAAAGAUACCAAUGGCUCGCAGUUCUUCAUUACCACCAAACAAACUUCCUGGUUGGAUGGUCGUCAUGUUGUCUUUGGCAAAGUGUUGUCGGGCAUGAGUGUUGUACGCAAGAUUGAAAACACCGCCACCGAUGGUCGUGAUCGUCCCGUUAAGGAUGUCGUCAUUGCCAAGAGUGGUUCAUUGCCAGUUGCUGAACCCUUCUCUGUAUCGAAGUCUGAUGCUACCGAUUAA